CAUUCUUCAGCAUUAGGAAUGUGUUGGGCACUUCAGUGGCCUACUUAUUCUGUGAAAAGUUGUUCACCUACCCGUGUUUUAUAUUCUUACUCAGUUGUUUUUUAGUAUAUUUAAAUUAUAGAUGAUUUUUCACUGUAAAUGGGAAUGGUUCACUGUAACCAUGUGUGAAAUUUCUUUUAUGAGACUGAGCAAUGCUUUUAUUUAGCACAAGGAGGAGGAAACCACUUGCACAGUGUGCCGUUCAAAUAAAAGUCCCUGGGUCUGUCUGACRUGUUCAAGUGUCCAUUGUGGAAGAUAUGUGAAUGGCCAUGCAAAAAAGCAUUACGAAGAUGCACAGAUUCCUAUGACCAAUCAUAAGAAAACAGAAAAACAGGAGAAAGUUCAGCAUACUGUUUGUAUGGAUUGCAGUAGUUACAGUACAUACUGUUAUCGCUGUGAUGAUUUUGUAGUCAAUGAUACCAAGCUGGGCCUGGUACAGAAGGUCAGAGAGCACCUACAGAACUUGGAAAAUUCAGCCUUUACAUCGGACAGACAUAGGAAAAGAAAACUAUUGGAAAACUCAUCUCUGAACAGCAAAUURUUGAAAGUAAAUGGGAGCACCACUGCCCUUUGUGCCACAGGCCUUCGGAACCUGGGGAACACGUGUUUCAUGAAUGCAAUCCUUCAGUCGCUCAGUAACAUUCAACAGUUUUGCUGUUACUUCAAAGAGUUGCCUGCGGUGGAACUGAGGAAUGGGAAGACAGCAGGACGGCGAACUUACCACACCAGGAGCCAGGGUGAUAACAAUGUUUCACUUGUGGAAGAAUUCAGAAAGACACUCUGUGCUUUAUGGCAAGGAAGCCAAACUGCAUUUAGUCCRGAGUCUUUAUUUUACGUUGUUUGGAAAAUAAUGCCAAAUUUUAGGGGAUACCAGCAACAGGAUGCCCACGAGUUCAUGCGUUACCUUUUGGAUCAYCUACACCUGGAACUCCAGGGCGGCUUCAAUGGCGUUUCACGUUCAGUAAUUUUGCAAGAAAAUUCUAACCUGUCUGCAAGCAACAAAUGUUGCAUAAACGGAGCGUCUACUGUUGUAACUGCCAUUUUUGGAGGCAUUCUUCAAAAUGAAGUCAACUGCCUAAUAUGUGGGACUGAAUCGAGAAAGUUUGACCCAUUCCUAGACCUUUCGCUAGAUAUUCCAAGUCAGUUCAGAAAUAAACGUACUAAAAACCAAGAGAGUGGACCAAUGUGCACGCUACGAGAUUGUCUUCGCAGUUUUACAGACCUGGAAGAACUUGAUGAGACAGAGUUGUAUAUGUGUCACAAGUGCAAAAAGAAACAGAAGUCCACCAAAAAAUUCUGGAUUCAGAAACUACCAAAGGUGCUAUGCUUACACUUGAAACGCUUUCACUGGACAGCAUAUCUGAGAAACAAGGUKGAUACAUAUGUUGAGUUUCCCUUGCGAGGCCUAGACAUGAAAUGCUACUUGUUAGAGCCUGAAAACAGUGGCCCCGAGAGCUGCCUGUAUGACCUGGUGGCUGUGGUUGUGCAUCAUGGCUCAGGCGUUGGCUCGGGCCAUUACACGGCGUACGCGGCGCACGAGGGCCGCUGGUUCCACUUCAAUGACAGUACUGUAACCCUGACCGACGAGGAGACCGUGGGCAAGGCCAAGGCCUACAUCCUCUUCUACGUGGAGCGGCAAGCCAAGCCUGGAGCAGAGAAACUUUAAUACCUCCUUUGCAUUCUUACUUAUCAAGUCCACCGGACAAACAUUUCCAUUUUUCCAUAAAUACUUGAUCCAAGACUUAUUAAUUUCAUUGUGCACUUUUCAAUUUCCUCUUGUGGGUUUUAGUUUUGUUGUGUCGAUGGUAGCAUUUGACUUACUGAACUUGGACACAAACUAACUUUUUUUUAGUUAUACCAGAAAACCUCAGCAGAUUUUGAUUUGCUGCUUUAGUUGUGAUAACUCAAUUUUUAUAUAUAUAGUUUCAUGAAAUAGUUAUUUGACUUUUUUAUAUUAAUGUUUUCAGUUCUCACUUUCUAAAGGCACAUUUACAUCCAAGAAACUUUCUGUCCUCCUUACAAGCGAGAUAAAUGUGCUUCUGAUCCAUGAAGAGCAAUACAACUUUUUGCUGUUCUCAGUGCUGUUAUGUAGAUAUAAAUUGAUCUCUUUAAAUCAAGGAAUUGUUUGCACGUGCUAUUUUCCCUCGUGCAAGAAACUUAAGCAGUGACCUCUGACCAAUCAUUCUUUGYCUGCAGAAGAGAGGCAAUGUGGCAUCAUUAAACAGACCAGGUAAUUGCUGCUAUAUUGGUGUAUAUUCAGGCUGCUGACUUUCAGGAAUCAUUGUAAAUAAACAGUUGGUUCAAUUGUAUCUAUACUGCAGUUUGAUUCAAGUAUUGCUCAGAUGUGCUCUGCCCCCACCCCCUUCAAAUUUAAAACAAUUAUCUUAAAAUUACCUGUCUAAAUUAUGUUGAGAUGAAUGUUUUUUUAAUGGAACCUGAAUUGCAUUAGACAUCUCUUGGUUCAGGCUGUCAUCUUGAAAUUUGAUCACGAACAAUUGCUUGAAAAUUUGGGAGACGUCUGGUUGUAGAAUCCCUUCAUGGCUGGUGGGAAUUGGGAGUAGAGCCCCAAGGGCUGGGGUUUGUGAGAACAAGCUUAGGUUUAAUCAGAGCUCUGCUCUGUGCCUGCAGUUCACUUGGGGCCAGGAGGAGGCAGAUGGUGUUGAGGUGCUUUGCAGGGAGCUGUUCCAUCAGUUCAGAUCAAACCCCAUGCAGGAUGCUCAGUCUCACAGCAGAGCCCUCAGUGGGGAGGACUGAGCUGUGCCUGUGACUGGAGCAGGCUCAGGAGCRGUGGCAGUGCCACACUGGCCGGGGUGGCAUUUUUAUUGGGUCUCUAGGUGAACACUGGAGACAAAUUGCAGUUUCUAAAACCUGCCUAGGAAUGGAGAAAGACUUGCACUAAAGAAAACACCCAAYCUAUUUCAGCUCCACUGCCGUUCUAAAGAGUGCAAGUCAGCUGAUAAGGUGGGAAAGAAAAGGCAGACAGGAAAACCACUCUUGCAAAAGCCAGCAAUGUGACAGAAAAUGUGAAAUUGGACAGCUGUUGCAUUUCAGAUCUGUUCCCCCAGCCCAUCCUUUCCAGAUGGCCCUMUUGUGCCAAGCAUGGAACUGGACCCUCCUGGAAGCUCAGUAAGAGCAAAAUACAGUUUAUAGAGCAUUCUGUCACCAAACAGUGGCUUUUAGUUGUGGCAACAGUAAAAUGCAGUUCUCUGAAAACACACAAACCCCAAAUGCGAUUGCCCAUUUUAGUUAAUGACUCUGAAGGACAUGGAGGGGGGCUGGAGUUGAGCCCAGAGCAGCCUGUGGCCCAUGGAGUGCACAGCAGUGCCUUGCCCCAGGGUCCUGGAUCUGGGCCAGGGGAAGGACAAAUCACAGGCACUUGUUUGGUACAGGGUCAUUCUUGAGGGCUUUUUCACAGCKUCUUAAACCAGGAAAGGGAAAAACUGGCUUUAUCUAAAACUACAGCAAUCAUUCAGCAUAGCUAUUAGGGYAUGAAUAUGAAUACAGGUUAAGCCUAUAGAGUAAUUGAUAAAAUGAAAUGCAAAAAGAUGUAGUCUUAAGUUGAACAACAAAUAGAACUUUCCAUUGCUUUAAAUUGUAGAUAGUUUGUCACCUUCUGUUUUUCCAUUUCUUGAGGGCAGAGCCUUUCUUCUAAUCGAGAGAACAGGUUACUGAUACACAAGCAGAAAAUGGGGCAGGUAAAGCAUUGUGUAGAUGCCAGCUUGAGCUGUGUUUUCUCUGCAUGUUGCUUUGACUGGAUUCCUUUAGAUUUUACCUUUGAAAAUGCCAAGCUUAAAAUACACAACUAGCUCUGGGCCAGCAGCAGUUUAACCUACASUAGUCAGGUGUAUGCAGUGUUCUUGUAAAACAGUGAUGUAAAUGUGCCUUUCUGUAUUUUUAGAAAUUUAAAUUUGUAAUCUUCAGCAACAUUCACUUAUUUUAAUCAGCUUCUAUUUUCUCAGUAAUUGUUUGGUCAGAGUUAUGGUCUCACUUGAGCAUUUUCUUUCAGUACCAUGCACCUCCUGGGCAGUGGUGKCUCCAGCAGGGCCGUGUGGGGCUUGGCCUGGGAACACAAUGCAAUCCCAGCAGGUGCUGAUCAGGACUCAGCCAUAUGCUUUGCUGGAACAAGUACAUUGUAAAUCCUUUCCUAAUUUAACUUUCUCCCACUGCAAACCCAGAUGGACAGUAUGAACAGUUUGUUGUGGCAACACAAGUAUUUCUCUUCCUGGUGGAGAACUUUGCUUAUCCACUGUAUUCUAUUCAGUGUGGUGUCAAAAAAGAAAAAAGUAACUGAGCACUGAACCAGUAACAUAUACUGCACCUGGCCUAGUAUUACAUUUUUAACCUUACUUGUAUAUCCUAUAUUUAUCUACUAGCUUGUGGGGGGGUGGGAUAUCUCUUUCAUUUAAGCCAAAUGUUUCUUUUCUACUUACUGAUCAUAGUGCACACUAGCUGGCAAGAAUUUUUUUUCUUGCUUGAGACUGCUCUGCAAGCAGCAACUGCUCUCUACAGUUCAAAGACUUGCAUAUUUUUCACCAAAAUGUGUCCAAUCAAAGGUUGUCCUUUUGUUAGUAAUUGUUUAGCCACGUAUACAACUGGAGCCAAGAUUUAUGUCAAUCAAAACUGCAAAAUGUCCAGCUCCCAAAUGUCAGCAAGAGAGGAGAGUUUAAAACUUUGAGAUAGGCAGGGACAGUGGACUUGUAUCAAAAGCAGGAGGCCAUUURUGAGGAUUUUACUAAAUCAAUGGAAAGUGUAACACGUGGUGUUCAAAAGUUCCCCCAGCAAUGUUUCAUUACUGAUGUGUCUGUGUCUUACUGAUGAGGUAAUGGGGCACCUUGACAACUGAUUCCAACGUGCUUUAGGAUAUUCUCAAGUACUGUAGUGCCAUAGUUGUAAUUGUUUACCAUUAAAAUCUUGUGUGUAAUUUUCAGUGAGGAUUACUGACUGUGCUCAUCUUGUAUGUUUCUGGAGCAUUUCCAGGAUGAAUGUGAAUUAUAUCUCAUCACACUGUGUUUAUGGAAAAUGUGCCAUUAAAGUGUCUCCUUUCCUUAGAAAAUGGAACUUCUCUUGUCCUUCUGCAGGCUUGCAGACAUUAGUGUAAGUCCUCUGACCACAGAUGGCAGAGUGUUGUACCUCGUUCAGGGAAAACCACAAUAAAACAAAGCCCUUGCAGUGUUCCUAACUCUGUAACACCUCUACCAAACUUAGCAGCAUCUUACCUCAAAGAUGACCUGCCMUUCAAUUUGGAAGUUGCUUUGUCACCCAACUGCUGUUAAUU